AUGACCACGAAGAUUGUAGAGCAAACAAGUGAAGUUGAAGAACAUGAUCAUAUUCAAAGUGAGGCUGAGGAAGAGCUUGAGGCUGCAGUAGAGCCUCCUUCCUCACCACUGGGACAACGCAAGCCUCACAGAUCAAGAGAGAUUUGCGGUCAAAACCUUAGUUCAGAAGCAGAAAAUUCCUAA